AUGCGCGCAGCGGUCAUUGCAUUAUUUUCUAUUAGAUGCAGACGAGACCAGAUGCUGAGCACCACCACCACCACCUCCUCCUCCUCCUCCUCCUCCUCCUCCUCGGCCGUCGGUCGCCCCGCCGUCCUCUUUCAUUACCCCCAUUCCUGCGUGGUGGCGCAACUCGCGGAGCGCCUGCCCCGCUGCGCGCCGCACCGCGAGCGCCGUCGCCCUCUGCCUGGCCGCCGGCGCAGAAGUGCUUGGACGGCCCCUGGGGCCAGCGAAGUCGGCCCCACCGCACCCUCCCUUUGGGGAGGGGUCGAAAAGGGUUUGUGGUUUGUGACCUAG